UUGUUGUAAAGAACGAAACAAAUGUUCUACGAGAUUCGGCACGGUUAAAAAUAUGUUAAACGUUCAUAGUGCUGGAAAAGUUCCAUAUCUAAAGGCUUCGCCUUUAAGACAACAUUCGUAUUUCGAUCGAUUUAAAUUAGUUAUUUUAGUAAUUUUAGAUAUAGUAAAAGUGAUUUUAAUAAUUUUAGUUAAAAUAUUAAUUUUACCAAUAAGUGUUUGGCUGAGAAAUGGUCCUAAAAAUAUAUAUCGAAAAACUGCAUUAAUUACGGGUGGUGCAAAUGGAAUUGGAAAAGCUGUUGCAUUGGAACUUGCUGAAUGCGGAUGUAAUAUUAUUAUAGCGGAUAUUGAUAAAAGUGCAUCGGAGAAAACUUUGGAAGUGUUGCAGAAAUAUGAUAUUAAAUCACUUAGUUAUUCGAUCGAUGUUUCAAACCCCGAAGAUGUGGAAAACUUGAAAGAAGAAGUUGAAAAAUCCAUUGGACCAGUUGAUAUAUUAAUAAAUAAUGCUGGUCUUAUGCCAUUAGCUUCUCUAAGAGAAGGUAGACCAGCUGAUGUUAAACGAAUUGUGGAUGUUAACAUAAAUGCAAACUUUUGGACAAUAAGAACAUUUCUUCCAGGAAUGAUACAAAGGAAAAUUGGCCAUAUUGUUCAAAUCUCAUCAAUGUCAGCUCUUCAUCCUAUUCCCGGCGCUAUUGUUUAUACAGCCACUAAAUAUGCUGUAACAGGACUUAUGUUGGCCCUAGAAGAGGAAUUACGUCAAGAAGGAUCUAAAAAUAACAUAGAUUUCACCACAGUGCAUCCUUAUUUUGUAUCGACACGAUUAGACCUCAUGAAUUUACUCAACUUAAGAUUUCCAGCAAUAACAGCCGAGUACACUGCCAAGGAGAUCGUCAAAGGAAUCAUUCAUAGAAAAAGACGCGUUGUCAUCCCUCACUUUGAUGUCUUUCUCACUGCACUACUCCCCAGCUUACCUUACAUGGUACAAUGGCUUGUCAGAGACCACAUCCUGAGAGAACCCGAAACACGGAUAGUCAAAGAUCCCUUUGUUUAUGUUUCUUAAGUACACAAUGCAAAAGGGUUAUAAAAACUUUGUAUCGAAAAU